GAGAAGGACCGAGAGAGACAGCUCACCAAACAACGAGAGCGAGUUCUUGAGGAGAUGUUGCAGACAGAGGAGACGUAUGUAGCAGACCUGAAACUUAUAGAGAAAUGUCGCCCGAGGUUUGUGUCGGAGGUUCUGCCGAGCACCCUAAAGGGAAAGGAGGACAUCAUCUUCAGUAACAUCCAGGACGUGGAUGACUUCCACAGACUCCACCUACUCCCACAGCUGAAGGAGAGGGCCACAACCACCGACGAGGCAGCCCGCGUCUUCAUUGAAUGUGCUGACGAUAUGACUGGUGUAUAUGUCCCAUACUGUAAGAACAAGAUGGCAUCAGAGGAUCUUCUUACUAGUCACCGCACAUACCUCUCGCGGAUGCAGUCAUGUUUGGUCUACAGAUGCCCCUGGCAUCUCUGCUCAUCAAACCUAUCCAGAGGAUCACCAAGUACCCUCUACUUCUAAAGGAUGCUAUCAGGUACACCAGUCUUCUAGGACAACCUACAGCUGUAUUAGAGGAGGGACUGAGGGCAGUGGAGAGGGUUCUGGCUGAGACAAACAACGCCAUUCACCUCAGCCACCUCCAGAACUUUGAGGAGCACCAAGAUACAGUGAGAAAGCUCUAUUUCCAGGGCAGUUUCCAGGUCUCGGAGACAAAGUUCACCAUCAAGGCUGAGAAGGAGAGACACGUCUUUGUGUUUGACACGGCCGUCGUCUUUGCGCGGAAGAUUUGCCUCGAGCAGGCAGAGUUUAAGUACGAGUUCAAGUCUAAGAUCGCGUUGAGCAGUGGCCAGCAGUUGUGGUGAGUAUUUGUGGACGAGAGGCCGACAAGUUCACUCUAGUCAAACAAAGACACACCGCAUCCACCUCAAAGGAACCAAAACAAAACAAAAAACACGUUGCUGUGAAAGCCAUCCGGACAGCCAUCCUCUGCUCCAACAGUCCAAGGGAGUUCCUCACCCAACAGUCCUCCCCCACCAUGAGUUCAAAGCGCAAGUUUCCCGUUACCAUGAGUGUGGAUCGAGUGUCGCGUGACCUUUUGAACACCAGUCCCCUGGCGUCUCCUCCAUCUCCUCGACAGACGGCCACGGAACCGUUCACGUCUUAAUAGGGAGCUCCUGUCGUUAAUGGAUGUGAUAGGU